AUGGCGGAUAUGCGGUAUUUCAGCAUGAAUGGAGAAGUUCCAUUCGGAGGCAUGCCGCCAGUUUACAUCAUGGCUGCAAGUCAACAGGGCUUACCCCCCGGCACACCCGCUCCUGGUCCGCCGCAACUUAUCCCAAUAUUCCCGCGACCCGAUCUUGGCAUUAUUCCCGGCUGGCAGCCUUGGCAAGAACCGCCUGGAGUCAUUCCGCCCCCUUAUAGCGCUCCACCUCCUCCGCCGCCACCUGCGCGGCCAGUGGCAUCCGCAUCAUCGUCUGCAGCGCCGCCAUUACCUCCCGGCGGAAACAUACCCGGUACAAAGCAGCCUCUCGUGACGGCAUCAGGCCAAGGCUACAUCUUCCCGAAAAACCAUACAACGCUCCACAUAAUCGAAUCCAACUUUCCACCAUGGGACAAGCCCGGCGGAACAUUUUUUUGGCGCUCUGUUCUUGCUCCUCCCACCCUGACACUCAAAGAGCUCAUUGAGCAAGUCGCUCCCGAAACCGGACCCAAGGGUGAGAAAGCAACUAGUCGCGGAAUAACAGAGUGUCUGGAAAGCGGGGAUGGGGUGUGGUUGAAGGCCUCGGAGUUUUGGAUCGGGGAGAAGGGCGACAACGAUGCAAUGAAGAAAAAAGUUGGCCAGGCGUUGGCGAAAGUUGGGUGGGAUGAAGGACGGGGAACGACGUCUCGACCUGUUUGGUUGGCUGUGGCUGUUGUUUACUAG